AUGGCUAACAGUGUGACCGUCAACAAAAAGACUACGAAGCAUACCUUCUCUUGCAGUUUCUACCGUGAGGAUAUAACACCUUUGGUCCGAUUGAGCACCCGAGUUACUGGGCAAAAUUUGGAUGAAUUCAGAAAGACUUAUGGCCACAUUCUGCUUAUGUUAACUACUCGUAUUGAUGAGUGGGGUCUCUAUACUCUUCUUCAGUUUUAUGAUUCUGAGCUGCGCUGCUUUACCUUUCAAGAUUACCAACUAGCCCCUACCCUCGAAGAGUAUGCACACAUUCUUCAAAUCAAAGUUCAACCUAAGGUUCCUUUUGUGUGUGCACCCGAGAAGCCCAAAAUGGAUCGCAUUGCUGGUGCUCUUUAUUUGAGCAUGAAGGACGUUAAGGAUAAUUGGAAGCCUAAUGGUGGGACCCAUGGAUUCUAUGUGAAAUUUCUGAUGAGGGAAGCUGAAACCCUUGCUGAUAAGGAAAAGUGGAAAGAAUUCAAUGCUCUCCUGGCCGUCAUGAUCUAUGGAUUAGUGAUGUUCCCGAAUAUUCCAAAUUUUGUUGAUCUCACUGCCAUUUGUCUCUUCAUGGAUCAAAAUCCUGUACCCACUCUGUUGGCCGACACUUAUUAUGCCAUCCAUUCUAGGUAUGGAAAAAAGGGAUCAGUUGGGGGUUGUUUGCCAAUACUGUACGAAUGGUUUUCUUCACAUUUGCCUAAAAGCGGAGCAUUUGUCACUACAAGAGAUUCACAGAAGUGGCCCCAAAGGAUUAUGGGACUUACUGCAAAUGAUAUUGUUUGGUAUCACCUCCGAACGGACAUCGAGCAAGUUAUAACCAGAUGUGGAAGUUUUGGCAAUGUUCCUCUCAUAGGGACAAAAGGAGUUAUCAACUAUAAUCCGAAGCUAGCACUGCGCCAGUUGGGUUUUGUGCUGAAGGACAAGCCUUUGGAUAAAGAGAUAUUUGAGUCCGUUUGUUUUGAAAAAGGAACCGAUCCAGAAGGUUUAGAGAAAGUAAGGAGUGCGUGGAACAAAAUUCAUACAGAAGACCGAACUACCUUGGGGGGAAAGAAUGCUAUUGCUAAGAAAGCUUAUACUGAAUGGGUUGAAGAAAGAGUUAAGGAGCGCCUGCUGCCUUUCCCGAAGGUUAGCCCUCUAUAUGAACAACCACCUGAGAUUUUAACUGCCACUGUACCAGCUGAGGAGUACAACCAAGUACAUGUGGAGAAUAUCAGGUUGCGAGAAAAAGGGGAAGACGCUAAAAUAAAGUACUUCUUGGUGGAUCAGAAAAGGGCUGAAUUAGCACAUGAGGUACAUCAGAUGGUGUUCUUAUCUGACUGA